AUGUCGGGCAUCUUUAAUCGUUUGAAAAGUCGCAAAACUGGCUCUCCAGCGUCAGCAAACAAUUCUCAUAACAUCGCACAUGAAAGUGAACCAGCAGUACAAGCAUGCACAUUUGACGAAGAAGGCUUUCUCUGUCCGAUUUGUCAUCAGAAGUUCAAUGAUCACACGCAACUUGCGCAACAUUAUACAGACACUCACGCACAAGAACCCGUCGUAGAGAAACCAACUACAAAUGGACAUGAAAUGAUUACAAAACGAGAUGAGAUUGAAGGAGAUGAUGUAAUUCCAGAUGUAAUCCUAUGGAAACAACAGUGUAUUGCUUCAGAAGAAAGUCGAAUGCUGAUAUCGAAUGAGCUAAUACAGCAAAAACAACGUUCUGAUGACCUCGAAGAAGAACUUCAAAUUUUGAAAAAACAUCUGAAGUCUGCGCAGAAUAAAGUUGUUGAACAAUCGGAAGAAAUCGCGAGUUUAAAAGCAACUAAAGAUGUGUACGACUCUCAGCUCGCUAUGUUUACUAAUGAACUUCUCAACACCAAAGACGAAUUGAAAGCAAAACAAAACCAAAUUGCUACUCUAUGCAAUGAUCUUAUCCCUAGGUAUAUAGUUUUCUCUUUCAUAAUCGACAAUUCAUUGCUUUUGGCUGCUCAAUCUAUAUCUUUUCUUGUUUUCUUUCAAAUUUCACUCCCAUCCAGUUUAUCCACAACAGAUGAUGUCAAUGUGCUUAAGCGUGAACUCGUUACUGUUCAACAAUGCAUGAAUGAGAUGGCUUUAGAAAAAGAACAGCAAAUUGAAAGGCUACGUACCAUACUCAUAGAAAAUGAUAAAUCUGUACAAAGAUUCGAACAAGUUGAAACUUGUCUGAAUCAAAAUUUGUCCAUAUACGAUGAAUUAGUCAAAGCAAAUACUAUAUUAAUAGAAAAGGAUAUCAAUCAAAUGAAACGAUCAGUUCAAUCAAUCCGAGAACAAAAAACAAAACUUCAGCGCACUACUAAACAUAUGCAAAACGAUCUUUCACAACAAACACAGAUCAAUAUAAAACUAACAAAUGACUUACAAGCAGAACAACGGCAAGCGGCUUCAUAUCAAAGACAAAUAGAAACUUUAAACAAUGAAAUUCAAAUAUUAGAGAAAAAUUUAAAUGACUUACAAGAGGAAAAAAAACAAUUUAUUCAAACACAAAUGAACGGCGACGAAGAUCAAGAAAGGCAAAACCUUGUUCGACAAAUUACACAGCAAAAAGAUCAAUAUGAACAACAAACGAAAGAUCUUCGAGUUCAAAUCAAACAAAUCAGCAAUCAACGGCACCAAGUUCAAGAUGAACUGGAUCAAAUAUCUCAGCAACUUGCACUGAUAAACAACGAAAAGACUCAAUUACAAAAUGAACGCAUUCGUGAUAAGAAUGAAAUAGAUUCACUUAGAAAACAGAUGAUGGAUAAUAACAGUGAUAAAAUACAACAAAUAGACGAAUUAAAGAAACAACUAUCCACAUUAAGCGAACGUACGGCACAUACAGAGAAUAGUCUACAAAAAGCGAAUGAAUUCAAUGCUGGUCAAAAACAAGAUAUCGAACGAUUGAAAGCUGAAUUAGUCGAUCAAGUAAACCGAUUUGAACAGGAGAAAAGAGGCCUACAACAAGCGUUUGAUCAACAAGUGCGAACAACUAUUUCCCAGUUACGUGACCAAUUAGACCAAAAAACUGCAUAUAUACAACGAUUGUCAAAUCGCAUUCGCCGUUGUCUUGAUUUCGCGCAUAGAACUCAAGAAUAUUUUGGAACAAAGAUUUCUACAAAUCAAACAAACCUACUAGAAGCUAUCGAACAAGCCAAACAAGAGUCUCGUUCUGUUCGUGCGCAAACACUAGAACAAAUCCGUGAAGAAUUUACGCACUAUUUAACUGUUUAUCACACUCUAUUUACUGAAAGUCAAACACAAAUAGAAAAGGAUAAGUUGAAACUGAUUGAACAACAACAACAGUUCGAAAAACAAGUGAGCCAACUGAAAUAUGAGCAUGAGAAAUCGAUGGAAGUACACCACGACAAGAAACAGAAACUGGAAAUACAACUAGGCGAAUUAAAUCGUCAAGUGCUUCAAGUCUCCGAAUCACUAUCAGAGGCAACACGAACCGUUGAUAUUCAGCGAGAAAAAUAUGAAAAGCAAAUUAAAACAUUGGAACGUGAACUCGAAUCCCGAACUAAACGACAUGAAAUGCAGUUAUCUGCUUUGACAGAAAACCUUGCCACUGUACGUACGGAGCUGAGGGCGACGAAUGAAAAAGUCGCCAUUCUUGAACAAAUCAAAGCAGAAAAAGCCGAUACGGAUGCACGUUUAGCUGUCAGUCAGGAAGAACGUAGAGUUCUAUUGGAACGAUCAUUGGCAAGCGAGAGCAAAUACGAAAAACUUCUUUUCGAAAAUGGUCAAUUAACAAAGAAGAAUAUAGAUUUGGAUGCUGCAUUACAAGAAAUAGCACGCGAGUUUCAAGUUGUUCAGAUUCAAAACAAUAAAUUCAAUCAACGUCGUUGGCUAAACGAUGAUGAUGUGCAUAGUUGUAUGAAAUGCAAUCAAACAUUUUCGGUUACUCAACGUAAACAUCACUGUCGAAGUUGUGGAAAUAUUUUCUGUGAUAGUUGUUCUUCUAAAACAGCGAUUGUUGCAGCUUCGUCAAAGAAACCUCAGCGAGUGUGUGAUCAAUGUUACAAGGACUUGACUUCUUGA